UAAGGACGGUGGGUCAGCUGACAGCUAUCAGAGGACCAGCAGGAGGAAGGAGCGGAAUUAGCGGGUGUGUGAACUGGGAACCUACCGGAUCCUGACAUCGGUUAUAUCCUUGGCGAACCGGGGGCGAAAGACCGGUGGCGUUCGUGAGAGAACAAGGGCGGGGUUUGGUUCCACCAUGGCCAGUUGGGACUGAGAAGCAGCCACAAUGAUUGGAGGAUUGUUCAUCUACAACCACAAGGGGGAGGUCCUCAUCUCCCGGGUCUACCGAGAUGACAUUGGGCGUAACGCUGUGGAUGCGUUCCGUGUGAACGUGAUCCAUGCCAGGCAGCAGGUUCGAUCCCCGGUGACAAACAUUGCCCGUACCAGCUUUUUUCACGUCAAGCGCUCCAACAUCUGGUUGGCUGCUGUCACCAAGCAGAAUGUCAAUGCCGCCAUGGUGUUCGAGUUCCUCUACAAGAUGUGUGACGUGAUGACGGCCUACUUUGGAAAGAUCAGUGAGGAGAACAUCAAGAACAACUUUGUGCUCAUCUAUGAGCUGCUGGAUGAGAUCCUGGACUUUGGUUACCCCCAGAACUCAGAGACCGGAGCUCUGAAGACUUUCAUCACUCAGCAGGGCAUUAAGGGACAGCACCAGACAAAAGAGGAGCAGUCUCAGAUCACCAGCCAGGUGACGGGGCAGAUCGGCUGGCGUCGUGAGGGCAUCAAGUAUCGCCGCAAUGAGCUUUUCCUGGAUGUACUGGAGAGCGUCAAUCUGCUCAUGUCGCCACAAGGCCAGGUCCUGAGUGCCCAUGUGUCAGGACGAGUAGUGAUGAAGAGCUACCUGAGUGGAAUGCCAGAGUGCAAGUUCGGCAUGAACGACAAGAUUGUCAUCGACAAGCAGGGCAAGGGAGGAGCGUCUGAUGAUGCAGGGAAGAGUGAUUUAGGGGGAGGAAGUGGGAAGCAGUCCAUAGCCAUUGACGACUGUACUUUCCACCAGUGCGUGCGCCUCAGUAAGUUUGACUCUGAGCGUAGCAUCAGCUUCAUCCCCCCUGAUGGAGAGUAUGAGCUCAUGAGGUAUCGCACCACUAAAGACAUCAUCCUGCCGUUCCGAGUCAUCCCUCUGGUCAGGGAGGUUGGCCGCACUAAACUGGAGGUGAAGGUGGUCAUCAAGUCCAACUUUAAACCCUCACUACUGGCCCAGAAGAUCGAGGUGCGUAUCCCAACGCCACUAAACACCAGCGGGGUGCAGGUGAUCUGUAUGAAGGGAAAAGCCAAGUACAAGGCCAGUGAGAACGCCAUUGUGUGGAAGAUCAAGCGCAUGGCGGGGAUGAAGGAGUCACAGAUCAGUGCUGAGAUCGAGCUGCUGCCGACCAAUGAUAAGAAGAAAUGGGCCAGGCCUCCCAUCUCUAUGAACUUUGAGGUUCCUUUUGCUCCGUCUGGUCUGAAGGUGCGCUACUUGAAGGUGUUUGAGUCCAAGCUCAACUACAGUGACCACGAUGUUAUCAAAUGGGUGCGCUACAUCGGUCGCUCCGGCAUCUACGAGACUCGCUGCUAAAGUUCAAUGACCCCCCUCCCCCUGCCAGGCAGCGAACUGACCACUUUUCCUCCCGUCUAUCUUGUUAAGAUUUUUUUUCUUCUGCUCCCUCUUCCCUCUUUGUCUCCCUCCUCUCUUCAGUCCUUAUAGCUUCACCCUUUCCUCCACUCCCACUUCCACCCUUACCCCCUUCUAACUAGGUGUUGGAGAUUGAAAUUACAUCGUUUAAAAGAAAAAAAGUAUGAUAUAAUGCACAGAUAUAUGCAAAAUGUGAACCAUUGUAUCGUAUAUAUCUUGUAGUGAUGAGUAACCUGUAAACCAACUGGUGUCCAAGAGAGAAAAAAAGAUGAGUGAUGUAGGUGGAGACCAGGGGGAGAGGACCGUAGACGGUCUUUGAAAGGACGCCUUGUCAUGUUUAUUCAGUGUUAUUGUUCCACUAUCUACCCUCCAAUUUCUUUAGACGCUCCACGAGUCCUUGAGUUAAUCCCUGGUUAAGAUGAUUUGUAGCUGUCGUGGUUAAAACAAUGAAUCCUGAUAUAGUUGUGUAUGAACUUCUGUCUCACUAGACUCUACCCUUCAAAUUAAGAUGCAUUGUCUGAUUCUGUAUUGUGGACCCGAUUGAUAUUUGAUCUGUGUUUUUUUUCUGGGGAGUGGUCAUGUGGAUCAAAAGUGUCAUUUCAACGUGGUGAGUUAGGAAAGAGAAGGAAUGGAUUGUGACUGGAGAGCGUCUUUCACUCGCUUUAUUUCCACUAUUAGUAGAGGUGAAUCAUUCCAGAUAGUCUGAGGUUUGACAGUCAUCCUGAUGAGUUUGUACUCGACCUGAAUUUUCCUGUUUUUAAAGCACUAUUUUGAUUCUGAGAAGCUCUGGGGAAAUCUGGCAGUGGGAGUGUUUGCAGCGAGGUGAGGUCUCCCCCUGGUGUUCACCUCAUCAAUGUCCGCUUCUUCAUGUUUGUAGCCCUGGUGACCGUUCUGUCCAAUAAAAUCUGACUAUGUAACCAA